UGGUCAUGUGACUAUGUAGUCACAGGGUUCUAUGGCUGCAAAAAGUGAGGAGAAAAUGUUAGAAAGAGAAUUCUCUGCAUUGGGCUUUGAAAAGCAUGGGGACGUGAUUAAAACAUUGCCUCCAGACUUAUUUGCUGAACUGUGCCAGCAGAGUAUUCGCCAUCUUCAGCAUCAAAGUUGUGGUAUAGAUCAUACACUUCUUUGUGAAAGAUUACAAGCCACUGGGGUGAAAACAAAUGUGGAGCAAGUUGAAAAAAUAGUUCACGUGAUAACCUCUCUUUUCAGAACUGCUGCAAAGCAUAAACUGUCUUCAGAAGAUCUGCUAAGCACUAUAUCUGCCAAUGUCAAAGUGCCCAAGCAGAUCCUGCAAGUAAUUUGGCACGUAUGGAAGGAAGAGGGUAACCGCCUGUCUGAACUUAAAGGGGCCAGAGAUCUUGUACCAGUAGGACAACUUGUAGAUAUUCAGUGGAAAGUUGGAAUGGCGGUGAGUUCUGACAGCUGCCGAUCCCUAAAUCACCCGUAUGUCACACUGGCAUUAAAAGUGGUAGAUUAUACUGGGAAGAUCACCAGCAAAGUUUUUGAAUUGACGAUUCCAGAGUUUCAGAAUUUCUUCAAGCAAUUCAAAGAAAUGUCUUCUGUUCUUGAGACUGUUUGAAUAGAAUAUUGAAGACCAGCUGAUCUUCUUAAGGAGAUACAAUAUGCCUUAUUAUUCACUCUUUUUAAUGAUAUCAAACAACGGAGUAUUUACUAAGACUAUUCCACAAUUAUCCUGUAUAUAUACUUUUUCUGUUGCAUAGAUAUAUAGUAAUCUACUUAUUGGGCUUUUUUUUUUUUUUUGCUUUGUUUUUUAGAUAAAUGAAUGGUUGAUGUGAAAUGAAUCGACUGCAUAAACAUUAUAUGUGUAUAUGUUAAAUUACAAUAACUUUAAUAUGUGGACAUUUUAUUUUUAAAAUGAUGUAAAGUUGAAAUAAGUAAACCGUAUCCUUGGCUCA